AUGUUGAUACAGAGCAGAUCAAAAGAAGGACAAAUCUCAGACAGGGAGAACAUCAAACCUUUACCCAAACAAGAGAUAGCCAGGCGAAAUGUCAGGCCCAGACUGAUUCCCGAAAGCAAACCAUGUGCCGGAAGGCUGGAGAUUCACUCGAAUGGAAAAUGGGCCACAGUUUGCAAGGACGUGUCCUGGUCAUUCGAGAAUGCAGAAACUGUUUGCAAGCUACUGGACUGUGGCUCUGCAGCUGAAAGGCCGCUCACUCCGCAGUUUGGACCAGGCUCGGGUCCUUUCAUUGGCCCACCAGACUGUGGACAUAAGCAGGAUGUUGAAGUAAUCUGUUCAGAUUACGUUUCGUUUGCCUUCUGUAACAUCCUUUCCAAGAUGUUCUCAGAUUUUCCCGGUCGCAGAAUUCCACGGCUUGUAGAUGGAGAGUCCCAGUGUUCCGGCAGACUGGAGAUCCUGUACGCUGGAAACUGGGAAACAGUUUGUGACCUUCACUGGGAUUUGGACAUUGCCAAUGUGGUCUGUGCUCAGCUGAACUGUGGAGUUGCCCUGUCCGUGCCAAGAGGAAUUCGUUUCGGAAGUGGCACUGGGCUAAUACGGAGAAAUCGCUUGGAAUGUAAAGGCAGUGAGACAAGUCUAUUGGAUUGUGCUCUUUCUCCCGUAACUCAGCAUGAAUGCAGCCACAGUGACGAUGUCAGUGUGAUCUGUUCCAGUGAACGUUGGCCGCUCAGGUUGACAAAUGGCGGAAGUCGAUGUGAUGGAAAAGUGGAGAUUUACCAGGAUGGCAGCUGGGGUCAAUUACAGGACAAGAUGUGGGACCUGAAUGACGCUAGCGUGGUGUGCAGGCAGUUAGGCUGCGGCGUCGCCAUAGCUGCUUAUAACUCUUCAAAAUACGGCGAGGGUGGAACGACAGUCUGGUCCACUAACGUGCAAUGUAAAGGAAACGAAUCACAUCUGCGGCACUGCAGCACAGCCCCAUUAGAUUCUCCUGUCCCCGACAGCAUUGGCGUAGGAGUCCUGUGUUCAGAUCACAUGCAAAUAAGACUGUCUGGCGCCGUGACCAGAUGUGCUGGCCGACUGGAAAUUUAUUACAACGGUACCUGGGGUUCGGUUUGUGACGACGCCUGGGAUAUGAGAGACGCUGAUGUGGUUUGCAAACAGCUGGGUUGUGGAAGGGCCUUGAACACGACACUUCCGGCUUCUUGUGAACGCAACUCAGGCCCCAUUUGGUUGGACGAGGUGAAAUGUUCCGGGAGAGAAGAAUUCCUUUGGCAAUGUCCCUCUGCGUCGUGGAAUAACCACGACUGUAAUCAUGAAGAAGAUGUGAGGAUUGUGUGUUCAGAGCAUAAAGAGCUGAGGCUGGUGAAUGGGAAGCAUCGCUGCGAAGGGAGAGUGGAAGUGUUCUACAAUGGGACGUGGGGAACAGUGUGCUCUGAUAGUCUGGAAGACCAUGACGCCCAAGUGAUCUGUAAACAUUUGCAGUGCGGUGACUUCGUUUCCCAAGGCAUCGAGUCUUUCGGACGGGGAUCUGGAAAGAUCUGGUUGGAUGAGAUUGAGUGCAAUUUACAAGAGACGACACUUUGGCAGUGCCAGUCAGCGCCGUGGGGAAAGCACGACUGUAAUCACUUUGAAGAUACCGGUGUGACUUGUUCAGAAUCGGGACUACCUUUGCGCCUGGCUGGGGGCAACAGCAACUGUUCCGGUAUUGUGGAGAUCUUCAACGGCAAGACCUGGGGCACAGUGUGUGAUGACUCCUGGGAUAUGGCCGAUGCCAAUGUUGUCUGCCGACAGAUGGCAUGUGGCCCCGCCGUGUCGGCCUCAGGAGGAAUCACUUUUGCCCAGAUUGACCGGGAAAUCUUGCUGGACGAAGUGAAGUGCAAGGGAAGAGAAUCUUUUCUGUCUGACUGUUCUUCCUCCCGCUCAGCUCAUCCUGACUGUGAACAUAAGGAAGAUGCCAGUGUGAUCUGUUCUGGUAAGGAGCUUAACGUGAGGCUUGUGAACGGAGGCAGUCGAUGUGCAGGGAGAUUGGAAGCUCGCUACAGGCAAGGAUGGGGGACUGUGCAUGAUUAUAACUGGGACCUGAAGGACGCCGCUGUCGUGUGCCGGGAGUUGGGCUGCGGGACGGCGCUCUCCGCACCGCGCUGGGCUCACUUUGGAGAAGGCUCGGGUUCCAUUGCCUUCACUGAUGUUCAAUGCGCGGGGACCGAGUCUGCUCUGCAGGAGUGCAGUCAAUCUUCAAGCACAUUCGGGUUGUCGCACUCGAAUGAUGCCGGAGUCAUCUGCUCAGGAAAUGUCAGGCCCAGACUGAUUCCCGAAAGCAAACCAUGUGCCGGAAGGCUGGAGAUUCACUCGAAUGGAAAAUGGGCCACAGUUUGCAAGGACGUGUCCUGGUCAUUCGAGAAUGCAGAAACUGUUUGCAAGCUACUGGACUGUGGCUCUGCAGCUGAAAGGCCGCUCACUCCGCAGUUUGGACCAGGCUCUGGUCCUUUCAUUGGCCCACCAGACUGUGGACAUAAGCAGGAUGUUGAAGUAAUCUGUUCAGAUUACGUUUCGUGUGCCUUCUGUUACAUCCUUUCCAAGAUGUUCUCAGAUUUUCCCGGUCGCAGAAUUCCACGGCUUGUAGAUGGAGAGUCCCAGUGUUCCGGCAGACUGGAGAUCCUGUACGCUGGAAACUGGGAAACAGUGUGUGUCCUUCACUGGGAUUUGGACAUUGCCAAUGUGGUCUGUGCUCAGCUGAACUGUGGAGUUGCCCUGUCCGUGCCAAGAGGAAUUCGUUUCGGAAGGGGCACUGGGCUAAUACGGAGAAAUCGCUUGGAAUGUAAAGGCAGUGAGACAAGUCUAUUGGAUUGUGCUCUUUCUCCCGUAACUCAGCAUGAAUGCAGCCACAGUGACGAUGUCAGUGUGAUCUGUUCCAGUGAACGUUGGCCGCUCAGGUUGACAAAUGGCGGAAGUCGAUGUGAUGGAAAAGUGGAGAUUUACCAGGAUGGCAGCUGGGGUCAAUUGCAGGACAAGAUGUGGGACCUGAAUGACGCUAGCGUGGUGUGCAGGCAGUUAGGCUGCGGCGUCGCCAUAGCUGCUUAUAACUCUUCAAAAUACGGCGAGGGUGGAACGACAGUCUGGUCCACUAACGUGCAAUGUAAAGGAAACGAAUCACAUCUGCGGCACUGCAGCACAGCCCCAUUCGAUUCUCCUGUCCCCGACAGCAUUGGCGUAGGAGUCCUGUGUUCAGAUCACAUGCAAAUAAGACUGUCGGGCUCCGUGACCAGAUGUGCUGGCCGACUGGAAAUUUAUUACAACGGUACCUGGGGUUCGGUUUGUGACGACGCCUGGGAUAUGAGAGACGCUGAUGUGGUUUGCAAACAGCUGGGUUGUGGAAGGGCCUUGAACACGACACUUCCUGCUUCUUGUGAACGCAACUCAGGCCCCAUUUGGUUGGACGAGGUGAAAUGUUCCGGGAGAGAAGAAUUCCUCUGGCAAUGUCCCUCUGCGUCGUGGAAUAAGCACGACUGUAAUCAUAAAGAAGAUGUGAGGAUUGUGUGUUCAGAGCAUAAAGAGCUGAGGCUGGUGAAUGGGAAGCAUCGCUGCGAAGGGAGAGUGGAAGUGUUCUACAAUGGGACGUGGGGAACAGUGUGCUCUGAGAAUCUGGAAGACCAUGACGCCCAAGUGAUCUGUAAACAUUUGCAGUGCGGUGACUUCAUUUCCCAAGGCAUCGAGUCUUUCGGACGGGGAUCUGGAAAGAUCUGGUUGGAUGAGAUUGAGUGCAAUUUACAAGAGACGACACUUUGGCAGUGCCAGUCAGCGCCGUGGGGAAAGCACGACUGUAAUCACUUUGAAGAUACCGGUGUGACUUGUUCAGGUAAUACAAUGACUUUGCGCCUGGCUGGGGGCAACAGCAACUGUUCCGGUAUUGUGGAGAUCUUUAACGGCAAGACCUGGGGCACAGUGUGUGAUGACUCCUGGGAUAUGGCCGAUGCCAGUGUUGUCUGCCGACAGAUGGCAUGUGGCCCCGCCGUGUCGGCCUCAGGAGGAAUCACUUUUGCCCAGAUUGACCGGGAAAUCUUGCUGGGCGAAGUGAAGUGCAAGGGAAGAGAAUCUUUUCUGUCUGACUGUCCUUCCUCCCGCUCAGCUCAUCCUGACUGUGAACAUAAGGAAGAUGCCAGUGUGAUCUGUUCUGAGCCUGAUUUUUCACCGACUCCUUCACCGUCCACACCUGCAGAACAAGGAGAUAAAAUCAGUCCCAUCCUUGCUGCUGUUUGCAUCGCCCUAGCAGCACUGUUACUGUGCGAACUGAUCAUGCUCCUGGCUGUAAGACGGAGAAUAUUUACCAGAAAAGGUGCGCUCACCGACGACUGGGUUUCACCUUCCGUUUUGUACCAAGGAAUUUAUGAAGAGAUUGAUAAUAUUGCAGUGCUGAAAGAUUCGGCUCAGACAGAGGGCUCAGGUACACAAUUCGACACUUUCACUUCCCCCUUUCGAGAGCUGAAUGGUUACAGGAGAGUUCGGGCACGAAUUUCGAAUCGCUCGCUCACAAGUUCUCAUUGUUUAGCAGUCCCAUCACACUGA